UAAAAAUCAUAUAAUAAUUAUGGUUAAAAUUCUAACCCUUGCGCUUGUUCUCUGUUGUGCAUAUGCUGCAGUCUUUGAAAUUGAUUUUAUCGAUUCCACCAAAAUUGUCGCUGAAUUUGGAGAGAGCCCUCAUGAAGUCUUAUUCCACACUGAGAACUACCAAUCUGGUGGAGCUUGCAAAUCAAAUGCUCUCGUUUGUGUCAAGACUGAUGAAACCUAUGAGUUAAAAACCGGUGACAAAGCAUUUGGGUUUAACCCCAGCAACACCGGAUGGGCCUGCAGUGACUAUUUGACAUACUUCUCCAACUCGACCAUCCAAUUCAUUGGAAAGCAACAGGAUCUAUACUGGAGUGCAGAUGGAAUUGCCUUUACCGAAGACGAAGAGACCGAAAGUGAUGAUGCAAAUCUGAAGUCAAGGAGAUCAACAAAGUACAUUUUUGAUGAAGAGAGCUUUGCUCAUACCAACUUCCCCACAGGCAAAGAAGUUGAGUAUUUCGGUUGUUUCCAAGUUGACAGACACGCUCAUCUCUAUGAUCCUAUCAUCAUGACAGAUCUCGAAAUGCUGAAAAUAAAGAUAGACCCUGAAACAGAAUCCGUCAAGAAUUUACUAUCUGAAUAA